CUCUUUCAGACAGAGGGGGAGAGAAAGCUGCCAGAGUGGGUCAACACAGAGCCGUUAGAGGAAGGAAACGCGUUUUUUCCCCCUCAUUUCCUCCGAUUUUGUCUAUUUUCGACAAACGGCUCUGUAUCCCCGCGGUGAGGGCGGACUGUGAUGAUCAAACAAGGCGGGGCUGACCCCUCUGUCCCGGUCUGGACGGAGCUGAAGUACCGCAGACGCUGAGGAGGAGAGAGAGGUUCUGCUGCUGCUGCUGCUGCUGCUGCUGCUGCUGCUGUCUCUGUUGUUUCUGUUGUUUCAUGGUCUCACACAGUCAGACAUGAAUUCAGCCGAGCAGACGGUCACUUGGCUCAUCACGCUCGGAGUCUUGGAGUCUCCCAAGAAGAGCAUCUCUGACCCGGAGGCUUUUCUGCAGACGUCCCUGCAGGAUGGAGCGGUGCUGUGCCGGCUGCUGGAGCGACUCCGACCCGGGACGGUGGACAGGGUGAGUGGAGGGAGGAAACGAGGACUGUGGAGACAAAAACAGUUGUAUUAAUGAAAAAAGAUAGAGAGGUGAAAACAUGGGAACAAUUCGAUUCAUUCGAAAUCACUGCAAAAUCUAAAUUAACAAAUUGUUCUGUAUUUCAAAGAAGAAAAACAGAUUUUCUUCUUUCUUUUUUUUAUGGUUAUGACGGUUUUAGUCACAUUUUUCUUUAAGUUGUAUAAAUAUACCUCUUUUAAAGCUCCUCUGAGAGGUUUUUAGAUGAUUUUAAUUAGACUAAAUACUAGUCGUGUCUCUAUUGACCCUUUUACACGAACCAGACCAUCAGCAAGAUAAAUUUUUUCUGAAAAGUAUUUUUUAGAGUCUGAAAUUAUGACAGCUGGGUAGAAGUCAGGCAAAGUUGUCAACAACAUACUGCAAGAAACACCUUUUCAUGGCAAACAAUCUCUUCAUAUUGAUUUUUUGGCCGUAGAUUGACAUUACUUAUUUACUUACAUAAGUAAUGUCAAUCUACGGCCAAAAAAUCAAUCAAUUAAUCUUAACCAUAGACUGUAUAUAAUAUGGACAACUUGGUUCCGCCUGUAUACAGAGCCAAACAGGGAUUUGUCUUCAUUUCCUAAAACCAGCAUUGCGCAGCAGAGUUGUGUGCAUUCGGCAGGAGAGUCGCUGUGAUGAUGCUCGGCUCAAUCAGCGUAUCCCCUGAGUCAGGGCCAGUACCAGAUAAGCACAUGAAACUAUGGUAACAACCAUUUGCUUACGUUAGCACAGAUGAAAGUUAAAACAAAGACGUUUAUCAAACUGUUCAAGCACACAAACCAUCGUCAUAUGAGAAAUCCAGCGCUAUGACUCUCCACAAGUUGUCCUUCAGGUCGUUAUCUUUGUAAUAUUUGUGUCUUUUAUCCAAAUGUACUCUGUUUCCGACACGUAAACAAUCAGCAGGUCGGAUAUGUUGGAUAUACCGAUAAAUCAGACGUCGCAACAACACGCAAUCUGAUUGGUCAGAAGUGGACACACAGUCUGCGAACUUUAGAAAAAUCGACCAUGAUGCGAAAAAAUAAAUGCCGCAAUAUCACAGAAUGGUAAAACGUCGCUGAUGUGAACGCUUGUAUUGACAGGAUAUGGGUUCAAACAGUCCCAGUCGCAACCAGGGGGGGAGAAAAAUUAAUAUUCUGUGUAAUUAAUUUCUAAAGUUUGUCCACGGCUCUAUAGGGAUUGCUGAAGGAGGUGGGAUUUAUGACCUAUACUGCAGCCCGUCACUAGAGGGUGCUGUUCUCGGAGUGGCUUCACCCAGCGAGGAGGCAGACUCUGUCCAUUCCAUGAUCUUAAAUUACCUAUUUUAGGCUCCCGUUAUUUUUGUCUUCAUCUAAGAAAAAUAAGAACCUUUUAUUACAAAAUCAAUCAGAGUAGAAAAUCUACAGAGUGAGCAUGAUAACCUUACCUGACAAGUAAAUGAAACUAAAUUUAUAACGGACCUGAAUGAGUGUUUUACUUUGAAAGUUCGGACCGGAAGUGUAGCAGAUUAGCUCGCUUGAUUCCUGUGUACAGCAAGUGCACAAACACCGCUUUGGAAUAAGAGUGUUUUCACGCGGAACACCUUCAUGAACAGCUUGUUAAGAGUCCACGUCAGUAUUUUAUCCUCACUUUGGUGACUUUUUGUGUCCAGUUUUUCCAGGAGCCGAGAAACGAGAGCGAGUGUCAGAGAAACAUCAGCGAGUUUAUUAAAGGCUGCGGAGCGUUCGGUGUGGAGGUGAGUUCACUGAUCAAUAAAGCGUUUACUAACAGAGGGAAACCGAUAAAACACCUUAACCUCUACCUAUACAGGGAUAUUAGCGGAUUAAAUGAACCUCUCUCACUUAUUUACCCCUCUGUUUGGCAGUAACAUCUCUCUGAGCCGUUACUCUGCAGCAGGUGGCUCCAACUGUCCUCUCCAGACACCUGCACAGGUGUCCUAUCAGUAAAUAUGGCUGCUGCCUUCACUUAGCCUGAGAAUUUUAUCAUCAUUUUUAUCAUGGUUUUAAAUACGUGAAGUCUGUAUGUAUAAUGCUAGUUUGUGUAACAGUGAUUUAAGCUGCUUUUUGACCUAUUAACAUAAAAAUCUCAAACCGGAAGCUGGCAUAAACAAGACAUAGUGAUUCUGGCAAAACUAGUUAUUUGUUAGGUAAUGCAAUGUAGUUUCUGCAGACUGAGUAUUUUUUGCUUUGUUUGGUAUAAUAAGGCAGCAGUGGAUCCCUGAGGUAGACAGGAGAGGUGAAGGAUCAACAUGAAUGAACACAGGCAGCAGGAGCCAUCAGGCCAUUAUUGUGUGUGUGUGUUUUUCUUUUUCUUUUUACCAUUAUUGUUUUUUUUUCCCAUCCUGGGACAGUAAGCAGAGUGAUGUUGACUAGGGCCCGACCGAUAUGGAUUUUCUGAGGACGAUACCGAUUAUUAAGGGAAAAAAAUUGGAUUACCGAUUAAUCGGCGGAUUUAAAAAAAAAAAUUAUGAAGUUUUAAAAAAUAUAUAUACUGUAGAUAUACAGUAGGCUACUGCUCUUCAUGCUGACGAGAAGACCGCAGAUGGCGAACUCUAACUUAAGCUUCAUAUUACAUGGUGCUUCACCGUUAACUUGGCGUGACUGAGACCAGCACAACUUGUUGACUUAUUGUGUAUUUCACAAACUGGUUUAUUUACCGUUGAGGCGGACCACUCUCCUCCGUGCGUCCCUGAGCUGCCUGCUUCAGAUCCAUCACUCUGCUGUGCUGUGAGGUUGUUAGUGGAUGAAGAUUGUUAUGAGGUUACUGCGCCAUCUACAGGAUAAGUUGGGGAACUUUUUAAACCAAAUCUUAUUCUUCACAUUUUAUUUCUGAAAAUAUUGGCGAAAAUCGGCGAGUUUUGGCCGGUUACCAAUUAGUCUUAAACGGGCUAAAAUUGGCCCUAAUGUUGAGAUUGAACUAUGGGUGAACCUCAUGCACCAGUGCAUGUGCAGAUAGUUAUAAUACUGCAUUUCUGCAAAAGUGGUUGACCAGUAUCAAUUUUCAACUGUCUUUAUUGAUAAUCUGGUGUCUAACACUUACCAGUAACUGUUUUGAAUUUGAUAUGUUGUGAGUGCAGAAAUCAGCUAUUGAUGAUUAUUUACCAUUGAUUGAUCUGAUUAAUCAGCCCAUUUGAUAAAUCAGUCUGUCGUGGAUCUGAGCUGGCAGACACUGCAGUUUAAGGGCUUCAGUUCUGGGACUGCAUCUCCUCGUGUACUUGCAAUAUUCAGGGUUAGGGUUGGGAAAUGAGUGGUAUAUCAUCAGCUGGUGGACUUCCUUAGCCUGAGUACAUCAGUUUAGCUGAAUCUUAUCAUGGUCAUCUCAUCUAUUAAUGAUUCUGUAAUAAUGUAGAAGAAACCCACUGAAGAUCAGCUGUGAGGCACGAACUACAACAACUUUAUAAAUACUCACGUCUUUCUCGUUUUUCCAUGAAGCCUGUAAAUCAUAAAGUUAUGAUUGAAGUUAUAAAACACGACUUUCCUACAUCAUGUUUUGGGAUUCUCUAUUUCAAGCUUUAGUGAUUCAGGAUGAAAAUGUGAGCCCAGAAAAAGAACUUUUAGUAGGUGGACUUUGGUCAGGCAUGAGGAUUAAACUGAAGUCACUGCAGUCAGGGUUUUGUGGCUACUAUUUGAAGCAAACGUACGUCCCUGUGAGUCAUAAACACCCCCAAACAGGUAAAAAUAGGUCCUCAGUUUGCAGAUAUCAUUGACUCACCGGGUCUGCAGUUUUUCAGAUGUUUAGAAUCGGUAUUAAAAGGUUUUGGUGCAGGUGGGCUCUAGGCCAUUUAUGUUUGAUUUAGUCAGAACAACAUCAGGAAGCUGGGUAACUCUGAGUUCAUACAGGAAUCAGGCUAAUCCUUGAACUUGGCUGGCUCUGCUUGUACUGAGGUAUUUACUAUGAGUGGAUGUUUUCAGAGGAAACUGGAAAAAGCUUCUCAUCCAAACUUCUGUUUAACCUUUCAAACGCAUUUUACUGCUGCUUGAGGAUGCUUCUGCUGUGUUUGUGAGGACUUUAAACAUCUGAUGAAGGUUCGGUCUUCAGAUGAGAAUAAUUAGGGCCUAGUAAUUUGGCAUUUUCCUCCUUUAAAUUCAAAGAUUUGUUACAGACGAAAGCUUAUUUGUGUCUCUAUCAAUCCAGUCUGUUGGAAUCCUUUUUUUUUAUCAGAUUAGCCAGUUUUGCACGAAUAUUAUCACAUUUGUGGUUUCCAUGCUUGCUGUUGCUAUCUGUGGUUGUAAUUACACAACUCUCGCCGCCCUGAUGCUCUGUAAUCUUCCUACUCUGAUGCAGAAAUCUUUGUGGGAAGCAGUCAGAAAUCUUUGGCGCAAAGAAAUAGAAAUGCAAAGCUGGAAAUAUCUAAAUCAGUGUCUGUUUUUCUGUUAUGUGUCUGUUUGUUAUCAGAGUUUAGUGAGCAUGCCGUUGUGUGUUUGUAAAACAGUGAGUCAGAGCAGAUUUUAUUACCCGGAGCUCGGCGGAUGAGGAAAAAGGGCAAGUGAGUAGUGUGAUACAGAAUUACCUCAGACACAUACAGGCAGAGUAUUGAUUUCUACUGUGGAAAAAGCCACCGAAUCAUUACGGAAAGGGGCAGAUUAUGCAAGGCAGGAGUCCCCGAGCUGCAGACCUUUAACAAGGUUUUGCUCCAGACUUGGAAAACGAUUUUUGACGUCCUUGAAAAUCCGGACAGCAAGAAGAGGGAUGGCUUGAGAAAAGGAAAACCUUGAGUUUGUUGUGAGGAGAGGAGGAAAGGAAAGGUUAGGCUGAUGUAAUGCAACUUGCCAGGCAGCCAGUGGAUUUUCCAAUCAGGUUGAUUAGAGGCUUGUCAUCCAUGUAGCUGGAAGCUGGGGGCUGACAUCAGUGGAGUAAUUCAUCCAGACAGUCUUCAGACAGGCAGGACGAGCCAACAUGAGCAUUACAGAGUGGACGACAAGAGUGGGUAUAUGACUGAGGAUGAGAUCCGGGUCCAUAAUGAACCAAAAACACACAUUUCAUCUUCAGAAGCAUAAAUCUGACCCUAAUUCAACUUAAUUCUCUCUGUAUUUGGGCUUUAAAUCAACCCUUCCUCUUUGCUCCACCUUCAGGCCCUGCAGAGGGCGGUGGGUGUGGGGUUCACUCAGGAUUAGGGGGCUUUGGAGGUAUUUUGAUCGUGUUGGGCUAAUCACAGAGGUUGUUUUACUGUAAGCAUGCUCAGAUUAUUGUCUCACAAAGCUGCAGAGGAGAGUAUUUUCACAUCAGCCUGCAAGAUGGACAUGAAACGCUGUGCUUACUUUGUAGUUAUUAAUAUCUCUUCCUUAUUCCCUAAAAGUAGCUGCAUGACUGUUAUUUAUGAAUAUCACAUGGACUCAGUUUUUGUCACCAAAAUUCAGUCUGAUUGAAAGAUUUUUUCAAAGUGUUUCUUUCAGUUAUUUCUGAAAGUCUCUUCCUCUCUUCUAACUUUUCUUUCAGUGUUCUGAGUAAAACCUCCUUUUUUUCUCCUUUUAAGGGUUUUGUUAAAAGGCACAGAGCAGAAUGUCUUCAGAGGAGUUGGAGGACAAGAUUUAUGCAUGGCACCCGGCUACUCUGCUAAUUAGCUACUUUUAACGGCCAAUUCAUAAAGUCCAUGGCUCCCAAAAAUAGGCAGACGUUUGCAGAGACCAGCAGCAUGAUGAGGAGAAUCUCUGAUAAAGUAACAUAUUAAAGUGUCCGUGUAUGCAGUAACUUACAGUGUCUGUUCUUCUGCAGGUCUGCUGGUUUUCCACAACACUAGUGUCUGCAGCACCAGAAUUAAAAUGAAAACUAAAAGCACUAAUUAGCGAUUAUCUGAGUGUAUCUUUUGGUUAACUAGUGUUUCAUCAUUGUAGCAGAAGUGUGGCCAACAUACUCAAGGCUCUGUGUUAGUGCGAACAUUUACACCAUGGAGGGGAAAAAACACUGUCAAAGUUUUUCUUAUUCGCUGCAAGAUGCCAGAUUUCUUUUUUGCAUCUGUACUUUCCAUGAUAACAGCAGAACUGUGAUUUUCCUGCAGUUGAACGGAUUCAUAUUAUACAUGAUAAAACCAUUAUUAUUACUGUCUUUGUUACAAUUUAUUUUUUAAUCAAUAGGAGGAAAGAUCAUAACUUCAUUUUGAAAACAGGCCUUUUUCUUUUUCUAGAAACAGCGACUUUAUUCUAGAAAAAUCACAUAAGAUAAGAAUAACUUUACUGAUGCCCAAAGGAUAUUUAAAUGGCAACUUUAUUCAAGAAAAAUGGCUACUUUAUUCUAGAAACAUAACAAAUUUAUUCUAGAAACAUGACAACCUUGUUUUAAAAACAGGGCAACUUCAUUCUAGAAACAUGGUGACUUUAUUCAAGAAAAAUAGUAACUUUAUUCUAUAAACCAGGAAGACUUUAUUCUAGAAACAUGAUAAAAUUGUUUUCGUUAAACAGACUAGCUUUAUUCUAGAAACAUAACAACUAUAUUCUUCAGAAUAGGUGACUUUAUUUUAGAAACAUGGCGACUGUGUUCUAUUCUAGAGACAUUUAUUUACUCUGAAACAUAACUUCUCUCUCUUGACGUAUUCCUCUAAUCUUACAAUAUAACGACCUUAUUCUCAAAAUUCUCAAUUCUUGAAACAAGAUUUAAUUCUUGAAACUUUAUGUUUGAUACACACUGAUUUAAAUCUAGUCAAGUUUUGCCUUUAUUCCAAUAUGACCUCUUUUUUUAUAACAUAACAACUUUAUUCUCAUGACAUUAAGAAUUUAUUCUCAGAACAUAACAAUGUUGUUCUUGUUAUAUAAUGACUAAUUCCCUGUUUAGUUUAAUGGUAUGAAUGGAUUUAAACUCCUCUUAAUACUCGACUCUGCUCAGACAUCAGCUGCACCUUCUGUAAAAGUCAGAGAGGAGCUGCAGCACACACACUUACAGGACGGGUAUCAUCUGUCUGAAAUGAGCCUGAUGAGGUCAUCCUUAGAGAUAAUUAAAAUAUCUAUCACACCAAACCCUCCAUUAUCCACCAGAGCUAUCUAGAAGUUCAGUAUCCAUCACUGCUUCUCUUAGUGAGGCUUUUAAUGUCUCAGAAGGACCUGACACUCUGCAUGUUCUUCUUAGUGUCACUCCUGAUCAUGAUCAUUCAUAUCUUAUAAAAAGCAGCGUCUAAUACCUAAAUGUAUUCAGAUGUAAGGAUAAAUCUCAACUCCUGCUGCGGCGGGACAUAAAAAGGUUUUAUACUGUAUGUACGGGGCUCAGUGCCAGCAGAAGAGAUGAAAGUGUGUAUUAAGAGCGCGGCUCGUACUGCUCUGAAUGCUAACCAGCCUGUGUACAUUAAUCAGAGCGAGUGGGUUCUUAAAGGAGGGCUGCAUUAAAGAGCAGUGUGUGUUUUUAUGAUUUGAUUAGAGAGAGAUGAUCCUCCGGCUGCUGCGCUGUGUGUUUCCUCCGAGCUCGAAUUCAAAAUAAUUCAGCGCAGGAUCAGGAUGUUUGACUUCGCUCCACCUUCACGCUUCAGAAACGUAGAAGUCAGGCAGUGUGUGGUGCACACAAGAUUAAGGGGGCUUCAGAGGUAUUCUGAUUUGUGUUUGUGUGUAUGUGUGUGUGUGUGUGUGUGUGUGUGUGUGUGUGUUUGAUGGGGAGAUUAGACGUGGGAGCUCAGACUCGGAGUAAUCCUGCACCAGACUGCAGUUGGAGCAGGGAUGAAAACCCUCUGAUGAACUUUGGAUUCUUUUCUUUAUUGGCCAACAUGGUGUAAACUGAGUUCAUGCAGGUUUUAGAGGAAACGAAGAAAGAUGUUUCUCAAAUGUGAAAGUUUCGUUUCUGUUGUUUUUGUUGUUUUCUUUAGGGUCUCAGAAGUCCCUCUCCUUCUGGUCCCUGCGUGAGAAACAUUCAUGGAUAUUUGAGGAACACAGCUCUGUGGCCUCGUAGUCGCCUCUCACUAUAAAUUUCUCAUGAGUGCGUUUUCCUCUUUUCUCCUUUAUGUUUUAUUCCUGAUCUGAAAUGUUUUCGCUUUUCUCUCCUUCAGGCUUUCGAGGUCAGUGACCUCCUGCAGGGGCUGAACUUCUCAAAGGUCCUGAACUCUUUGGUCGUCCUCAACAAAGCGACUGAAGGUGAGAUGGGGUUUGUUCAGCGUAUAUUUUUAAAUUUUACUCCGAUGACGAAAUGUUGGAUGCAGUUAUUGUUAAUGUAAUCAAAAAGCAGCUGUAACAGUAAAUUAUAAGAAUCAUUUAUAUUAGGUUUUAUAUCUGCCACAUUUUGUUUCCAAAAAUCAAUCAGCUCUUCAGUCUAUAAAGAAGAGAUAUCUGAUAUUCAAUAUGGUGGACCAGUAUGGCUUCACUUCACUCUCAUGUAUGGGUCAUUCCAUGUGAAGUACUUUUGAUGUAUAAAGGAAACGUUAAAAGGGCUCAGGAUAAAUAGCCUGGAAUACUUCACAGGGAAACCAGCAACAACAUUUCAGGGUGCAUAGGUAGAAGUUCUUUGUCAACCCUAGGAUCCAGGACAUGCAGGUAUGUCCAAAUGAUUCUCCCAUGAAGCUAAGAUCAUUCAUAUUCUGGGUAUAGGUGCAAAUAGAAAUGAAAUGCGAUGGAAAACUGAGCAAAAAUAUGCUACUCUAGCCAUUUUUCAUAUAAAUAUGGGAUAACAUACAAAUGAAAAGACUCAAAAAAAGCAUUUUGCACUAUGAGGAAGUAAUAUUUUACACAAGCAGGCAAGUGGGGCUGACUCCAGAUGAGGUCAGGACUGUAUAAUGUGCCAAAUAUGGUGUUUUCCACCUAACGUACCACACAUUUUGACUGAUUACUCAAAAAGUUAUGGAAUGCCCAUCAUGAAACUUGCAGGGAUGCUAGUGGACAUGAUAGUCUUUCUUUAGUGUGUAUAUGAAGAAAAUUGAAGGACGCGCGUUUUUGGUCUUUUAUAAUUUUUAUCUGGUCCAAAUUGGAAAAACUAAUGUUAUGAACAAAAAGAUAGAGCUUGAAGAGAGCUUUAAAAUGACAUCUGAAUCAGCUCUCUAGGUGCCAUACUUCCAGAGAUAUGAACAUUUUUGUAACGCAUGUCAUGCUAAUUAGCCAAAAAUUCAUUAGCCCCUAUCUCACUAAUUAGAUGGCUUUAAACAAAAAUAUUUGAGCUCUGACAGUUUCUCCUGAAGGCCAAUCACUCCACCAAAUUUCAUCAAAAUCUGUGACAUGAGUGGAGAUUCUCGGUUGAAUUGACCCGUAUCCAUUCUGUGCAGAAUUGGGUGUUUCUGGAGACACGGUGUGUGCGCCUCACCCCUCUUCAUCCAGGAUCAAAUCAUUCGACUCUUUGAACACUCAGACUCGCUCCUCCAAACUGCUGCAGCCUCAGUACCGAAGCCUGGUGAGUUACCAUGACAACAGCAACCACGCAUCAAAGAGAUAAGACAGUACACAAACACAGGCCGAGUUCAGACGAGAAAAACUCAUAAGUCUGUUAUGAAAACGCAGAUAUGAGAUAUGAGCGGUCUUGCAAAUGUCUGUUUUUCAUCAACACAGAGAUUUAUUAUCCUCUUUUCCCGUCUCCGUCACAGGACAUGUCAGAGGGCAGUGGCUGCGGCCACAUCCUGGUCAAGGCGCGCUUUCCCUUCCAGCAGACCAAUGAGGACGAGCUCUCCUUCUCCAAGGGGGACAUCAUCAGCGUGAGCCGGCAGGAGGACGGGGGAUGGUGGGAGGGCUCGCUUAACGGCAAGUCCGGGUGGUUCCCCAGCAACUACGUGCGGGAGCUGAAGGGAGGAGGUGGGUGGAGCUUCUUAUUGAUUAGGUGACGGCUGUUUUGAAAUCUUUGGUCCACAGCAGGAUUAUUUAUCGAACAUCGAAAUGAUCAAGGGUCAAAAUUAAAGGUCACAAAUCUUUCACCGGAAAUCUGAGAUUAUUCUGACUUUGUACUUUGUCCUAAAACUUGAGUAACAAAGUUUGUGAAAGUUGGGUCUCUACAGGUGCUUGGCCGUACUUUCACCUCUCAGAGUUUAAAGAAAAUCUGUAAUUCAUAUCAUGAACACCUUUGCAUACAUGAAGCUUUGACUCCCUGUGCCUGAAAGAGCGUUACCCGUGUGGACUGUUUGAUUGUUUAGUUGUAGAGGAGGCAGGAAUGACGGGAGGAAGGAGGGAAGGAAGCUCCCCGAGUACACAAAGACGGGAAGUUCCAGAGCUGCUGUAUAGAAAACAACUUCCUGAUUGAAACAGCAGAAAACAGGACAGAGCAGGGAAGAGUAUGAGAACCGAAGGUGAAAAAGUGAGAAAACGGGUCUGCAUGGGAGCAAUAUACACACAAGAAAGAGAGAGAGAAAGAGAAUAAAGAGGGAGAGAGAGAAAUAUCAACAUUCACAGUAGACUCAUGAGUGUCAGUUUGAAGUAAAACUCAAGAUAAUCACUUUAUUUUUCAGGUUUAUACUGCUGAACUAAGCUGAAGUAUAAUUUACUGUUUACAUAAAAACUCAGACUCUCCAAAAAUAGAGGAUUGAUGGUUUACAUAAUAACCACAAGAAAACAAUCAACUUUUGGUCUAAUGCUGCUAAACAGAGUCAGAGCGAAGCCUCUGUACGAGUAACUAUUUACAGUGAAACUGAGACUCUGGAGAAAAUGAUUAGAUUUCAGUUGUAGUUAAAUUGAAAAAACAAAACAAACAAAAACUAGAAAAGCACUCGGAGAGCGCAGACCUCCGCCAAGCAGCUCAUGUCCCCCCUUAAACAAGAAAUGCCCUGACCAGGAUUCAAACCCAGGACCUUCUUGCUGUGAGGUGACAGUUCUAACCACUACACCACUGUGCUGCCUAUCUACACCACUGAGCCGCCCAUUGGUUAUCUUUCAGCAUUGAAAUUCCAACGACACCCUUAUUUUUGUGUGUUCUGGAUCACAGUAUCCAGAAUUUUGUCUGGAUCAGGAUCAACCUUUGACACCUCAUAAAACUCAUUGAGAUCCUUUUGUGUCAUUUUUUACUAAAGACUCUGGACAUUUUUAUAGAGUUAAAUGCAAAAAUUCCAACAUUUGCCCUAUCUCACAAUGAUAAAGAAUCCUUCAAAAAUUUCCUGGAUCCAGAAGGCGAUCCGGAUCAGCACCAAAAUGUAAUGGGAUCCUCCUGGGGCUGAGACGCACCUCUGGUGAAAAUUUCAGGUCAAUCCGUCUGUAACUUUCUCCGUAAAGUUGCUAACAGACAAACAAACAAACCAGUGCAUGAACAAGAUUGUUCAUCAAAUCCUGUGUUAUUGUUGAGACCAACCUUUGUAAAGAUUAUAAAAAACAGAUUUUUCUCGUAGUCUUUAUUUGUCACAAACUACAUAAGAAAAGAAACCUCCGUGUAUCUUUUAUCGCGUCCUCAUUAUACUUCCUUUGGCUUCACGUUGCUCAUUCGUUCUCCAGUCAGCCUGAUACUGUUGAAAAGCACAGAAAGCAGCUUAUUAUCUCAGUCUUCUUCAGACUUUAAAUGCAGGGCCCUCCAAGAAGUACGACAGCGAGGGUGUGUCUCUUGGGGUCGAGAUGUUAAAAAAACAGAAACCAGGGCAGGAAAAUGUCACAACGUGAGUCAUGAAAUUAAAGCAUCCAGUCAGUGGUUGUCCUACAUUUAGCUGAAAGGCCCCACAGGGAGAGUUUGUACCACAAAUGGAGAGAUUUUAUUGAAUGAGGGUGACAGCUCUGCCACCACAGGAGUCGUCAUGUUGACACUAAAGCGUCAUCAAGAUAGAAAAGAGGGUGCUUCAACAUGAAUAUGUUUUUGUUUUUAUUUUUUAUUACUGCUUUUAGAAGUGUUUAGAAGGAGAAUUUGAGUAGUAAGAUUUGAGCUUUGUUGUCUUUCUUUUUUACGCUUGUGUGUUUUUUAAUUUUUGUUCAAAUCUGGCUCCAAAAUCAACUGUGUCUCCAAAUAAACAGAAGAUUUCAGAGCUCAAAGGUCAAAUUUACACAUAAAUGUUCGUGUGACUUGGGUAUUGACUGAACCCUCCCAUCAUCGUGUCUUCAUUGAAAAAAAACAAACAUUUAAUUAUUCUGUUUGUGAACGGCCCUGAAAUUGAAAAAUGACCCCUUAGAGUCACGUGUCAGAGUUUAAAAGGUCACAUGUGAAGAGGAAGGGCAUUUCAUAACAUCAGGUCAGGUUUAUUUUUAAUUUUUGGUUUGUCUGAGAAAACGCUUCCUGUGUGAGUGAGUGAGUGAGCAACCUCCUUCCUCUUUAGUCGGUAUUUUUAAUAGAAAUAUAUCUCCUCUCUCCUCCUCAGUUAUUCUGCAAUAGAUGGAGGGAUGUGCUGUAAAUUUAUGAAAAGCUAGACUUUCAACAACAAAAAUGAUAAAACACAUAUAUGCAAACUCCACAUGGUGAAAAAAGAAAGAGCCAAAGUCGGGCUCUAAUAUUAGUAAUGUAAUGUAAGUCUAACACGAUCAAAUAAGGCUCAUAAAUAAAAGUAAAAUAAAUGUAAGCACACUUUACAGAGAGGUAAACAGACAGAGAUAUCUGAUGAAUGAAGUAUGAAGUGAACCUUUAAGUGUUUUUUAUGCCCUUUUCUAUGUUUUGCAGACAAAACAUUAGAGAAGCAAAAGUCCGGCACUCUGAAGAGUCCGCCCAAAGGUUUUGACACCACCAUCAUCAGCAAGACCUACUACAACGUGGUGAGUCUCAUGUCCUUGAGGAGCUCUGUUUUUCUGCAUGAAGGUGUGAGCUUAAGCGGUAUUUAUUCCUCGAUGGUGCAUGAGUGUUUCAUACUCGUGAAAGGAGGAGGAAAUCUGCAGGUUUAUCAUUCGGGGUUUAAACCUCAAAGUCGUCAUGUUUUAAAAUUUGAAUCCUCUCGUUUUGAAACGAUCCAGCUUAAACUGAACAGUCGUGUCCCUUCUCUGUCACGUCUGAUGCAGCUUUUAACGCCCGACUGAUCUGAGUUCAUGUGUCACAUGUGUGUGUGCGUUUGCAAACUGUCACAAUUGAUUAUUUGUCGUCCACACCACCAAUUAAUGAUUGUGCAGCUGUGUGUAUGUGCACAGCACCCCUGCAUGUGUCGUCCAUGUGAGGGAUAAAAUGUAGGUUAUCUCUUCCAUUCCAGUGGUUUCUGGGGCAGCCUUGCCGCAGGCUUGGUUUCUGCUGGUGUGUGUGUGUGUGUGUGUGUGUGUGUGUGUGUGUGUGUGUGUGUGUGUGUGUGUGUGUGUGUGUGUGUGUGUGUGUGUGUGUGUGUGUGUGUGUGUGUGCGUGCGUGUGUUUGUGUGUGUUUUUAAUAAUGCAACAAGCUGCCACAGUCUCUCCAGACUGUCCAUCUUGAGUGCAGAAACCUGAGUCUGUCUGGUACAUGGGACACAAGCACAUCAACACAAACUCUGCCUGGAGUCAGAGCUGUUCCUUCAUAGUGAAACAAAACAACAAAAGCUUUUAAUAAAGAAAAAGCUUUUGUUUCUCUCUAAUGGAGCCUCUGGAAAAGCUUUCAAGAAGAAGCUUUUGAGUAGAAGACUCAGGCUUUGAGGGCUUGCUGUGUUUGAGCUCUAAUUUUAAAAAUAAAGAUGAAUCAACCAGAGCUUUGAUGCCAAUGCCUCCAUUUCUCUCCAGCUUGUUAAUUUUUGAUGAAAACUAAAUAAAUAUUGAAGAUAAUUUGAGUGUCUUUGGUUGAAUUUGUAGUGCCUUAAGAUCAGCGGGUUGAUGACAUGUCUAUAAUGUGAAAGAUAAUGAUGUGAAACCUCGUUUUUUAGUUUCACUUUGGUGUUUCGGUGAGCCCACUCAGUUAUUCACUGGGUUCGAAUCCCGGUCAGGGCAAUCAUGUUUAAGGGGGGACAUGAGCUGCUUGGCGGAGGUCUGCGCUCUCCGAGUGCUUUUCUAGUUUGAUCAUUGCAUCUUGACAGUACUUGCACAUGUGUCCAGAUAACAGGUGUGUAAGUUGCUGACAGUGCCACAAAAGUCUUGACAGUGACGCAGGUGAUGGUAUUUACACCUGUACACGGCCCACCCUCACUGUGACGUCAGUUUGAAUCAGCAGGAAGCUCGGUGGUGUGAAAAGGUCAACAAAGAAAGGAUUUACUUUAUUGACGCAUGAAUGAAAGAGAGCGUGGGCAAUUCAUUUAUUGUAUUCUAAUAAAAUAGUGUGAGCAAAUCAAUUCUGAAUGGGCCUGUGUUCAUGUGGUUCCUCUGACAGGUCCUUCAGAACAUCCUGGAAGCAGAGAGUGAAUAUUCCAGAGAGCUGCAGAGUCUGCUGGGUUCAUACCUGCGCUCUCUACAUCCCACAGACAGGUGCGGUUAUUUUUACACUUCUGAUUUAUUAAACAGAUCAGAGAAGCAGCGGUCACACAGCAGCAUGUCUGUCGCUGAGAUAAUGUAACUGGUCUGAUUUUACACACAAACUGCACGAACCGAGAUGGUUUUCCGAUUUUAUGAACGAAUGAUACACUGAUACAAAAACACUCAGUGAGGUUUGAGUUGACUUAUGAAGUCUUGGCGUCAUGCCCAUGAAUACAUAAAUGCAUAUGAGCUUUAUUAAUAAGAGUCAGAGCCAAAGACGCAUAAUAAAUGACUCCCUGAAAUCCUCCCCCCUCCUUCCUCUCCUCCUCCUCCUCCUCCUCCUCCUCCUCCUCCUCCUCCUCCUCCUCCUCCUCCUUUCUGCAGACUCAGCAGUGUGGACAUCAGUCACAUUCAGGGAAAUCUGGAGGAAAUCUCAACGUUUCAGCAGAUGUUGGUUCAGUCGCUGGAGGAGCACACAAAGUCAGUACAACCGAAACGUCAUCAUGACACAAACCUUUUUUUGUAAAAUAUGUUAAAUAUUAUAGCCUGAAAGAUGCAGUUUACUAAUGUAUUAUUUCAGUCUUUUUAGGGAUACAGCUAAACCACAACGAUGGUUGUCAUAGGUUUGUACUUGUAGAGAAAACAUCAACAAGGAGAGCUAAAUAAACGAAUCAAUAAGAUUUUCCUGUUUUGAUAUAUGGGGGGUUAUUUUCAGUUGAAAAGAACUAAAAUCCCUUUUAUUUGUGAAUAGAUUCCUGUUUAUUAAAUAAUAAAAGGGUCUGUACAGAGAGCACUUUUCCAAAUUCAAGUUUAAAAACAAGAGCGUCAAAAAUCCUGAGAAAAAGCAAAAAUUUCAGGAAAAAAAUGUAAAAAAAAAAAAUAAUAAUAAUAAUAAUAAUUAAAUUACUUAAAAAGAGCUUUUUCUACAUCAUAUUCUUUUAGGAAACUUAAAAAAAAUAAACCAAAUUAAACAAUUAUUGAAGCUGAAAUGGAUAAAAACCACUGAGUUAGAGGUUUCGGCUUUACUAGAGUGACAGAGACACCCAGUGGCCGUCUGAAGCAAUGAUCUGAGUUCAUGUUUGAAGCUUGACUUUUAUUUAGUACAAACAGCGACUGAUCAGCCAUUGUUUGAUGAGCGAUCCACAUCUAAGUUUUUUCUUGGCCUUGAACAAAAUCUUAAUCUGGAUGUUUUUUGUUUUUUUUUCUCAAACAGAUCAGAGUUUGUGUUUUGAAGCUGAUUUUUGCCUCCUUAUGUUUGCUCCAUUUCACACACUCAAAGCUCGUCCCUUUUGUCGUUUCGUCUCCAUAUAAUGAGUCCUCUUUGUGUGUUUUCAGACUGCCAGAGAGCCAGCAGAGGAUCGGGGGGUUCUUCCUCAAUCUGAUGCCUCAGAUGAAGAUCAUCUACGUGGCUUACUGCUCCAACCACCCGUGUGCUGUGAACAUCCUCACUCAGCACAGGUACCAGCUGCUUCAUACUGUAUUAAAUCUGAAUAAUCAAAGCACCGUCUUCCUGUUUGUUGAUGUUCAUUGUUGUUGUUGUUGUGCAGUGAGGAACUCGGGGAGUACAUGGAGUCAAAGGGGGCAUCCUCUCCUGGGAUCCUGGCUCUGACCACCAGUCUGAGUAAACCCUUCACCAGACUGGAGAGAUACCCCACACUGCUCAAAGAACUGGACAGACACAUGGAGGUAAGAUGGAGAGAUUUUAUCAUUUUUGAGUUUUAGUUUUUGAUUGAUCUCUAUACUCUUUUUGUCAUGUUUACAUGUUUGUUUGUUAUUUUCUGUGUUUUAGGAGCAGCACCCGGACAGAGCUGACAUUCAUACCUGUAUUGCAGCCUUCAAAAACUUCGCAGUAAGAAGAGAACGCUCAAAAACACAAACAAAAGUUGUAUUCAAGUUAAGCAUGGCAGAUUAAUCAGUCUUGGAAAGGUUUCACAUCGAUUUUUUAGAAAUCAAUCCUGCAACUAAUAACAAUAAUAAUAAUAAUAAUAACUUUAUUUUUUAUAGCACCUUUAAAAACAGAAGUUUACAAAGUGCUUUGACAAACAGAACAUCAGCACAUGAAUAUAAAAACAAAUAAAAACAAAAGCUCAGUUAAAAACAAAGCCUCCGAAGUGAAGGCCAAUUUCAUUUUUCAUAAGAAUGGCUCCAACAGUUCCUCAACAAAGAUGUUUGUGUUCCUGAAAUGUGAGAUUUGAUGUCUCCAGACCUUUACAGACCGCUGUGUUUGUGUUUGCGUUCAGAUUCAGUGUCAGGACGUGAGGAAGAAGAAGGACCUGGAGCUGCAGAUUUUAACCGAGCCAAUCAGAAACUGGGAGGGUGAUGACAUCAAAACCCUCGGACCCGUUCUGCACAUGUCUCAGACCACCAUCCACACACAGAACUGUCAGGUACUCAGCUGAACUCUUCAACGGUUCGAUUUUUAAAGAGAGACAGAGAAGAAGUUUGUUUUGUUUUUGUUUGUUUUUCAGGAGUCGAAUGAACGCUACCUCGUCCUCUUCCCUCACACUCUGCUCGUGCUCUCUGCCAGUCUGAGGAUGAGCGGAUUCAUCUACCAGGUGUGUUUACAGUCGGAUAAAACUUCAGUGAACAGAUUUGUUUGAUUUAAGAAAAACCAAACUGUCACUGUAGAAAGUAUUCAGACUUUGUGUCUGUGGUUUUCCGCAGGGGAGGGUCCCUCUGUCAGGCAUGCUGAUCUCCAGAAUAGAAGACGGAGAAAACCUGAAGAACGCUUUUGAAAUAUCUGGUUAGUCUUUACUCAUAAUAAUAUAUAUAUUAUUAUGAGUAUUAUAUAUAUAUAACUAUAUAUAUAGUUAUUAUUAUUAUAUACUAUUAUUAUUAUAUAUAUUUCAGUGCAAUCCAAUUAAGAUCUUUUUUUUUGUAUUUAAUUUUUUUAAUUCUCUAUUAUAUAUAUUCCUUUUUCCUCCCCUCCCUCACAAAAGUAUUUUUGUUAAUUUUUUGUUGUUGUUGUUUUUGUUGUUGUCACUCUAUUUUAUUGUUAAAUUAAAAAAAAAUAAUAAUAAUAAAAAAAGAACAGUGGGCCGGGAGGACUGGACUUGAGAACCACUGGUCUCGAUGGAAGUCCUAAAAGAAAACACCAGGAUCUCUUUUAGUUUUAAUUUAGAAUCAGCCACUUGUUUCUUUGUAAAUGAGUGUCCAGAAUUUUGAGGAACUUGCUGUAUGUUGCUCUUUACAUUUACUCGCUCUGUUGUGUUAUGUCGUGUCGUGUCAUGUUGUGUUGUGUUGUCUUUCAGGUGGGCAGUGUGAGCGGAUGCAGGUUGCUUGUAACAGUCAGCAGGAUCUCCAGGACUGGCUGGAUCUUCUUACCAAACACACACACACUCCAGCUGUGCACACACACUCGCACAAGCCUCAGUCUGUCUGCCACACAGUAAGUCUGAAUAAAUCUCUGAACCUGCAUCUGUCCUCCUCCUCCUCCAUCACACUGUCUGACUCUGCGUCUCCUCCUCCUCCUCACAGCUGCCCUCCCAUCCCGUCACUCCGUCCAGACACUCAGAGUCUCGAGCAGGCAGCACAGGAAGCACCUACCACACCCUCCCUCACCCCUCCUCGUUGGGGACCACACACACCAGCAGCCCCAUGUGGGGACCUCUGGAGCCUCCUAGCACCCCGAAACCCUGGAGCCUGAGCUGCCUCCGCCCCGCACCUCCUCUCCGGCCCUCUGCUGCUCUCUGCCUGAAGGAGGUACUGAUACACCUAAACAAAAACAAAAACGUUCUCACCCUUUACUUUUCUGAGUCAGAGCUCCUUAGUGUAUUUUUGAGGUUUUGUUUCAGUUUUUGACUGUGUCUGUGUUUGAAGGAUAUGAGUAAAAGUCCUAAGAACAUGAAGAAGCUCUUACCCAAGAGGAAACCUGAGAGGAAACCUUCAGAGGAGGAUUUCACCGUCAGAAAAAGUGAGUGAACAGCAGAUGAACUUCCAAAAAAUAUGUUGCAGGAACAAAAACUUUGUGAACUAUCUCUCCUGACUUUGCACAGGCUUUCAUUGCUUUAAAUUUUUUGACUCAUUAGUGGUAAAAGCAAAGUUACAAACUCACUUCAAUAUGUGGACAUGUUAAACAGAAUGUCUGUAUCAUACGCUCAUUUUCUUGCAGCCUUCAAGUACCAGAAAUUAUCACUUUAAGAGACAAUUAUCAGAUCUGUUCAAAAUUAAGACAGAAAAACAGGAUCUGUGUUUAUGUUUUUUAUUUUUCACAAUCAUGGGUGUUAAGUGGUAAGUUUCAAGAAUAAUAAUAAAAACUGGUUUGAUGUUGUGACCUUGUUGGUAUGUCAAUAAAUGAAACAUAGUCCUUUUGUGUGUUAAAGAGUCGAGCCAUGUUGCAGGUAGUUUUUCGGAUUUCUAUUUUGAAGAACUGCAGCUCUGGGUCCAAAAACUUCGGAUAAACAAAAGCUUAACUGUCUUGUUUGUCGUGUGACUCAUAACCAGUCGCUGCGUUUGUGCUGCAGGUGUCGCUGCAAACGUUCAAAGGAACAAGGUCUCUGCAGAGUUUCCGUCUUCGGUUCUGCAGGGCUGUGUUGAACUCUGCGCCGUCUGUCUUGUUUUCUUUCCGUCUCUCUGCACAUCUUCACUCCCGUGUUUUUCGUCUCUCAGGCACGGCCGCUCUGGAGGAAGACGCUCAGAUCCUGAAAGUGAUCGAGGCGUACUGCACCAGCGCUAAAACACGACAGACUCUCAACUCCAGUGAGCGCACACCCCUCUGCAGACUCAGUCUGAAAGCUAACCCUCGGUUGUUCUCUGCUUUUGACUCUAACGAUGUUUUCUUUCUCUUCUCUCUUUUUAUGUCCUCUCUUUUAAAUAUUUUGUCUCUGUUUAACCCCUCUAACUCCAUAAAUCCUUUUUUCACACACUUUCUACUCCUGUUUCUUUGAAAUUCCUCACUUUUCUUCCCGUACAACCCAUUUCCUUUUAUUUUUGGUUGCAUUUGUAUCAAACUCCGAAAUCACAAACCCCCCCUUUUUGUGCAACAUGAUUUGUACCUUUCCCCUCAUCGCUACGACAUCCAUUUUUGUUUAUCCCAACCUUUUACGUUCACUUUACGGUCCAGCCUGGCAGGGGACUGACCUCAUGCACAACCAUGUGCUCGCUGACUCCAGCCUCACUGUCGCUGCUAAUCCUGCUAACCCCCCUUGUUCUGACCUAUCAGAAGACUCGGAUUAUGACAGUAUCUGGACCGCCACUAGUUACAGGACUGCUUCGUUUUCUCGUAAGAUAUCAGUGUUUCAAACCCCAAACGUGUUAGCAAGCAAGAUAGAAAUAGAUGUCCUAAACCUUUCAGCGUCUGUGUGAAUGUCUGUGUUUGGUGUCAGUAGUAUUUGUCUUUGUGUAGCUGUGUGUGAAGCCUCCUUUGACAGUUUAUCUGCAUAUGCAUGCGGGAAAAUAAGUGAGUAAACAGAGAGAGCAGCAACUGAGUCAUCUAAGUAUAAAAAUGCUGCCGCAGAUGAAUCAAUCCUGAUCCUGAUUUUAGAUAAACAUCAGUGAUUGAUCUUCUUUUAGGAGACCUGGACAGAUCUGUUUGCAUAAGUGUCAUUCAGUGAGCAUGUUUAAGUUUCCAUGCACGGUGUAAAGAGUUUAAAAUCUAAACUUGAUCACUGUCGGAUCAGGCUCCAGCAGGCAGAAUGUCCACAUGCUGUUUCCAGAGGAGGAGAAGAUCAUCGUGGAAGAGACGAAGAGCAACGGACAAACUGUGGUGGAGGAGAGGUGAGAGAGGAAGGAACGUAGCUGUGUUUUUAUUGAAGGUUUUCAGACCUCCUGCAGAAAAUGUAAGGAUAGAAAAGUCUGAAAAAUCUUUUAUUUUUUACUCAUGAAUGAUUUUACUCUUUGAGGGGUCGCCAUGCCCACACCCACUGAGUUAAAUAAGCCCCACCUACAUGAGUUGCUAUUUGUUUUACUGAGCAAAACUGCAUCAAACUGUCUCUCUUUGGGUCUUAAAUUUGAUUUUAAGACGUGUGGAACAGCGUCAGUAUAAGGUGUGUGUCACAGUAAAUCAGAGGUGUUGUGUUCCCGCAGGGGUCUGGUGGACACCGUGUACUGUCUGAAAGAUGAAGUUCAGGAACUCAAACAGGUGAGUCUAUAGUUUUCUGAACUUCUCACUGUCAUCAUAUUUCUGUUUUUACUGUGAGGUCCUACUUUGUCCAGCUUCAAACUGUUAGGGAUUAAUUUGGAAUUUUUUACCAACAACUUCUGGGACAGACUCUUGCUAAACUUUGCAAACAGAAAUGAGUUUCUCUGGCUGCAUUAUUUGGGUCAACUUCUUGACACUUCCCAGCUUCUGUCACAUAUUCGUUCUUUGUCUCUCCUCCAGGACAACAAGCGGAUGAAGAGGACGCUAGAAGAGGAGCAGCGAGCGAGGAAGGAGCUGGAGAGGAUCAUCAGGAGGGUCCUGAAGAACAUGAAUGACCCCACCUGGGACGAAACUAACCUUUGAGAUCAGCAUGUUUGGACAAGACUAAUUUCAAACUUUAAAAAUGGGCCAAACGACCUUUCAACUCUGGACAGAAGCUGCCAAUCAAACACUUUCAGCCAAACCAAACUGGACCAAGAGAAACACCUGCCAGCUGUCAGCUAAAGCCAUCUAACAGACCGUAAAGCUGUGACGCCAGAUCAGCUGGUAGGCACGAUGACAUCACUUCCUGCUUCAGCCUUCUAUAAUGCACUGAUAUAAAAAUAACUUUGUCUUAUUUACUUUUGUAUUUAUGUUUCAUUCCUCUGUAUGUUUAUGUAAUCUAACUGUAAAAAUCAACCAGGACAGGAUUUAUUUGACGCGGCUGAAACAUCCCUGCUCCUUUGGAAGAAGAGGAACAUGUGGGGAUUCUUCCUUCUUAAAUCACUUCAUUUGGUUAAUCAGCUGCUCAAUUUUCAAUCAUUUAACAAUUCUUCUUUAUGAUAAAUACAAUCAGUUUGAAGUCCAAGUCAGCUAACAAACUAUCAAAAGCAUUAAAACAAAACUGAAAAUAUACCAGCUCUUCUAAGUGACCUCAUGUUUACAGGAUGUCAAAUAAUCCCUGCCUAAUAUUUUGUAAAAGACCUUUUUUUCCCUCCAGUGCUUUGCUUCUACAUAUAUUCACAUGAUUAAUGGUGAUUAUUUUGCUCAUUUUCAAGAAAACAAUAGUUUCACAAUUAUAGUUGGUUCUAUUUUUGCACAUAACCGAUUAAAACACGGCUAAAACUGAAGAUAAAUCUACUUUUUGAUGAGGAUUUUUUUUAAGUAGCUGGAGGGUAGAUGCAUUGAUUAAGGUUGCAACUAAAAAAAUUCACAGUUCCAAAAAGUGAAGUAGCUGGAAAUGGCGUUCUUGUCCUUAAAGCAAAGCUGGAGAGAGAUGUUCCCAGAAAUCCAAACUUCAAACAGAAUUAUAGAUUCUUGAAAUCACUGACAUGAAAUCGUUCUCUUUUUUUUCAGUCUGAGGAAGCUAAAGUCAGUGUGGUCGAUGAAAUGUUUCACAGUAAACUUCAUAAACUCUUCUGGAGCUUUUUUCCAUCACACUUUCCUUUAUUAACAUAAUGUUUCAAGACCAAAAUCCAAACAAUGCAACGCUGUAAAGUGUUUUUUUAUCAUAUGAUUUUUACUGUUCCAGUAUGCAACUAUCUGUAAAAUGAUUUCUUAUUUUUGUAUAUAUGAUUGUGUUUUUAUUUUUAACAGCUGGUUUCAUUUGUGUCUGUUUUCUAUUUGACCCUGUUGCUCACACUGACUUAUGAUGAUUUAUACAGAAAAAGACAACAUUUCUGUCACUACUCUUAUUUAAAUCCUUUACUGAAUGAUGACACUAAUGAAACAAUUAUACAGUAUGUGAACUCUUAUUAAUGUAUUUAACAAAAGUGACUGAAGUUAUGUGUGUUAUUAGAAGAAUCAUCCCCAUCUGUCUAUUUAUUUCAGCCAUCUGUCUGUGAAUGAAACCUUAUAUCAAACAUUCCAGUCUCCUGAUUUUUUAUAACUUCAAUUUUCCUGCUAGGGAAAAAAAAAGAUCAAAUAUGUACAAACAUUUAUCAAAACUUUACAAAUGUUUGUACUUAUUUGAUGUUUUUUUUUUUUUUUCUCUACAAUUCAAAAUACUUUGAUAGGUCUGGAAAUUUUGUGAUGAUUGUAACCAUUGCUCUGGCUUAUUUACCAUGGUUUAUUCUUAUUUUACGCUUUUAACCCUCUGAUGCAUGAAUUAUGAAAGCCCUGAUCAAGAUUUUUUUCAUAAGUGUUUUUAUCAUUCUCAGGACAUAAAAGAACAUGUAAAAUU